CGCCCACACAGCCUGAGAGGAGAUGAUGCCAUCGUCCACACAGACUGAGGGGGAUGGUGCCCACACAGCCUGAAGAGAAUGGUGCCCACACAGCCUGAAGAGAAUGUGCCCACAUCCACACAGCCUGAGGUGGAGGGCUGAGCGGGUUGGCUGUGCCCCAGCCCAUGUGGCAGUGACCUCCCUGUGAAGCUGGUCAGGGGCUGCCUGCCAGUCAGCCUCCUCAGAGGUGAUCCGGUGCCGGGCAGCAGUGCUGUGGGGGCCAAACCAGCCUCUGUCUGUGGAGGAGGUGGAGGUGGCCCCGCCCAAGGAGAAGGAAGUGCGCAUCAAGAUCCUGGCCGCGGGCAUCUGCCGCUCAGACGACCACGUGAUCAAAGGGGCCAUGGCAUCCAAGUACCCCGUCAUCCUGGGACACGAGGCGGCCGGCGUGGUGGAGAGCGUGGGUGAAGGCGUGACCAUCGUGAAGCCAGGUGACAAGGUCAUCCCUCUCUUCCUGCCUCAGUGCCGGAAGUGCAGCACCUGCCUCAGCCCCGAGGGCAACCUCUGUAUCCUGAGCGACGUCACAGGCCGUGGCGUACUAGGAGACGGCAGCACGAGGUUCCGGUGCAGAGGGCAGCCCGUGUACCACUUCAUGGGCAUCAGCACCUUCAGCGAGUUCACGGUGGUGGGGGAGAGCGCCGUGGCCCCCAUCCAGGCGGCCGCGCCCCCUGAGAAGGUCUGCCUCAUCGGCUGCGGCUUCUCCACCGGCUAUGGGGCCGCCGUCAAGACGGGCAAGGUCACCCCCGGGUCCACCUGCAUCGUCUUCGGCCUGGGCGGCGUGGGGCUGGCCGUCAUCAUGGGCUGCAAGGCGGCCGGCGCGGCCAGGAUCAUCGGCGUGGACAUCAACAAGGACAAGUUCGCCAAGGCCAUGGCCGUGGGGGCCACCGAGUGCCUCAGCCCCCUUGACUCCCAGCAGCCGGUCAGCGAGGUGCUGUCCGAGAGGACUGGGGGCGGUGCCGACUUCACCUUCGAGGUCGUCGGCCGGCUGGACACCAUGGUGGAUGCCCUGGCCUCCUGUCAUAUGAAUUACGGCUGCAGCGUGAUGGUGGGUGCACCGCCCUCCACCCAGAAACUGAGUUUUGACCCCAUGAUGCUGUUGACGGGCCGCACCUGGAAGGGCUGUGUGUUUGGAGGCUGGAAGAGCCAGGACGAUGUCCCCAAGCUGGUGACUGACUUCAUGGCCAAGAAGUUUGACCUGGACACACUGAUCACCCACAUCCUGCCCUUUGAGAAGAUCCAAGAGGGCUUCGAGCUGCUCACCUCUGGCCAGAGCAUCAGAACCGUCCUGACAUUUUAGACAGAGCGGGACACUGCCAGGCAGCCUCCCAGGUGGACUCCACAUCUCCUCAUGGCUGGACACUCUCAGGCUUGGACACCCUCAUUAGCUGCUCCCUGCCAUGUGGCCUGCUCCCUGCCAUGUGGCCUGAACCCUGCC